AAAAAGGCUUACGGCCAGCUCAAUGUCUCCACCCAUUCUUAUAUUUGUAUUGUGUUUCUCAGUAAGAGCUCAGUGAUUGUCUUCAUGAUGACCAUCAUCUCUCUGCUCCUGCUGACCUCUCUGCUGCCACAGCUGACCUUCACUGCUCAUGUGAAUGUGGGUAUAGUGAAUGGCAGAGAAGUAAAACCCCACUCCAGACCUUUCAUGGUUUCUCUUCAGAAAGACUGUAAACAUGUCUGUGGUGGAUUCCUCAUUUCUGAUAGAUUUGUCAUGACUGCUGCACACUGCAGAAAGAAAAAUGAGAAACUAACAGCUGUGGUUGGUGCACAUGACCUGGAGAAAAUAAAUGAAGGAUCCAUCCGCAUUGGUGUGAAGUCCUACCACGGGCAUCCAGACUUUAACAAUAACACUUUUCAGAAUGACAUUAUGCUUUUGAGGCUAGAGAAAGAAGUCGAACAAAAUGAGAAAGUCAUGAAGAUUUCCAUGCCAACACAAGAGGGAGACAUCAAACCUGAUUCUGCCUGCAGUGUCGCCGGCUGGGGAAGACUGAGUCUUAACGGAAAAGAGAGCAAACAUCUCAUGGAAGCAGACGUGAGGAUCAUGAAUAACACAGAAUGCAAAAAUAAAUGGAAAUACAUGUUCUCAGCCUCAAAGAUGAUGUGUGUCUACGGCCAUGGAGGAAGCUGUAAAGGGGAUGGAGGAGGACCAUUGGUUUGUGGAGACACUGCAGUCGGCAUCACUUCCUUUGGUGACUCAAAAGUCUGCAAUAGGCCUGAUCGACCUGAAGUGUAUAUAAAGAUUUCAGCAUACCAUGAAUGGAUCUGCUCCAUAAUUGCAAAUGUUAAGUGAUUUUUUUGCAAUGAAACAGGAUAAAGUAUUUGUUUAAAUGCUCAAUAAACGAAUCAUGUGU